UUGUUGCUGCUGUUACUCUGGCCUGUCCUGGGGUGCCAGGAGGAGGGUGAGGGUGCCGCAGCCUAUAGCAACUCUGCUUCUUUUCUGGCCUCCCCACUCUUGUUGCAUCCCGGCUGCCUUCUGAGCCCCCAAGUCUCUGCACCCACCCCCCCACUGUCCUGGCCCCUGUCACCACCCUCUUGAUUUGUGGGCGUCACGGGGGUACAUGCUAAGUCCUGAGCCUCCUUUCUCUACAGGUCACCCUGCCCCAUCUCCAUCUCCUAUGAGAUGAGUGACUCCCAAGACCCCACCACUUCCCCUGUAGUUACCACCCAGGUAGAGCUGGGGGGCUGCAGCCGGCAAGGUGGGGGCAAUGGGUUACUCCGUUUUCACCAGCACCAGGAGGUCCAGGCCUUCCUCAGCCUUCUGGAGGACAGUUUUGUCCAGGAAUUCCUCUCCAAAGACCCCUGCUUCCAGAUUUCAGAUAAGUACCUCCUGGCCAUGGUGCUGGUCUACUUCCAGCGCGCCCACCUGAAGCUCAGCGAGUACACCCACAGCAGCCUGUUCCUGGCCCUGUACCUUGCAAACGACAUGGAGGAGGACCUGGAGGGCCCCAAAUGUGAGAUUUUUCCAUGGGCCCUGGGAAAAGAUUGGUGUUUACGAGUGGGGAAAUUCCUGCACCAGAGGGAUAAGCUUUGGGCACGGAUGGGUUUCCGGGCUGUUGUGAGCCGCCAGUGCUGUGAGGAGGUCAUGGCAAAGGAACCAUUCCACUGGGCUUGGACUCGGGACCGGCGCCCCCACCAUGGUGGGGUUCAGAGGGUCUGUCCACAGGUCCCUGUUCGCCUUCCCCGGGGCCCUGGCCUCUCGCCGCCCCACUGUUCCCCCUGUGGCUUGCCCCAGCACUGCAGCAGCCACCUGCUUAAGCCUGUGUCAUCCAAGUGCGCUUCUCUGACCUCAGAGUGUCACCGCUCUCCCUCCCAAAAUUAUCUCUCAAGGGUCAAAAACGCCUGGGGUGGGGACUUUCUCAUCGUCUUGCCUCCCCAGAUGCAACUGGAACCAGGCACCUACUCCCUCCGCAGUGAGUGCAGGAUGGGACAGGAGCUGCGGGGCUGGUGUGGGAGCUUGGGAGGCAGGAGUGCGGACCAACAAUAUGAGAGAGAGGGCCAUGGGCCUGGGAUCAACGUGCUGCCCCUCCUGUGUGAGCUUGGCAGGUUUCCUCUCUAAGCCUCACUCUUUCCUCUCCCCAGUCUUCCCAAAGCCUCCGGCACGCCCUGGGCACUGAAACUCUGCAGGGUGAAGAACAGCACGCCUGCUGGCCCACUGACUGACACACCAUUGGCUGUGCUCCCACUCUUGCCCCUUCCUCCCAGCCUGCAGCUUGUGCCCACUCUGGUCCCGGUCCCCUCUAAUAAAUUCAUGUCCACAGGACACCAACUGUG